UUCUGAUGUUUACUUUUACAGUUUUGCACUGCCAAUUUUCUCGACCGGUGUCUAUAAUUUCCAUAUAGCAUCUACGAGUCUUUUCGCAAUUUACGUUUUUGCCGUGUCUGAAAAUAUCUAUUAAGUAAUUUUGUUGAAAUGGAAACCGCCCCUCAACCUAGCGAAACUCAGAGUAAACGAUGGAGUCAUUUGCGUAAGAUUCUGGAACGUUCGGGUCCGUUUUGUCCACCUAACUUUACAGCUUCUACCGAGACACUGGAAUUUUUGCUCGAUACUUGCAAGAUCUUGGUUAUUGGUGCUGGUGGAUUAGGAUGUGAACUACUGAAGGAUCUAGCGUUGAUGGGUUUUCGAGAUAUUCAUGUUAUCGAUAUGGAUACGAUUGAGCUGUCGAAUUUGAACCGUCAAUUUUUAUUCCGCAGAGCUGACAUUGGUAAGUCAAAGUCGGAAUGCGCUGCCGCUUUUGUGAACGGACGGGUACCAGGAUGUACCGUUACGCCGCAUUUCUGCAAGAUUCAAGAUUACGACUCGAGCUUCUAUCGCCAGUUUCACAUAAUUGUAUGUGGGUUGGACUCGAUUGUGGCCCGUCGUUGGAUCAACGGGAUGUUGAUUUCAAUGCUUGAAUAUGAAGACGAUGGCUCGGUAGAUGAGACGUCCAUUAUUCCACUCAUUGAUGGAGGAACUGAAGGUUUCAAGGGAAAUGCCAGGGUAAUCUUGCCAGGAAUGACUGCUUGUAUCGAUUGUACUCUUGAUUUGUUUCCACCGCAAGUUAAUUAUCCGUUAUGUACGAUUGCGAAUACUCCAAGGCUUCCUGAGCAUUGCAUUGAGUACGUUAAGAUUAUCCAAUGGCCAAAAGAAAAUCCUUUCGGGACGGACAUUGUUCUGGAUGGCGAUGAUCCGCAGCAUCUAACUUGGGUUUAUGAAAAGGCUCAGGAACGAGCAAAUACAUACAAUAUAACCGGGCUAACAUACCGACUGGUCCAGGGUGUUUUGAAAAACAUCAUACCGGCUGUGGCAAGUACCAAUGCUGUCAUCGCUGCCGCUUGUGCUACUGAAGUAUUCAAAGUAGCUUCCAGUUGUUGCGAACCGUUGAACAACUACAUGGUCUUCAAUGAUAGCGACGGAAUUUACACUUACACAUACGAGGCGGAGAAAAAGUCCGAUUGUCUUGCUUGCAGUCAAGUACCUCGUCCAGUUGAAGUUGUCGAUCCAAACACCAUGACCCUGCAAGAUUUGAUUCAGCACUUGUGCGAUAGUGCCGAUUUUCAAAUGAAAAAUCCAGGUCUUACAGCGAAUAUUAACGGGAAGAAUAAAACCCUAUACAUGGCAGCAGUGAAAAGUAUCGAGGAGGCGACCAGGAGCAAUCUAACCAUGUCACUCGGUGAGCUUGGACUGAAAGAUGGCCAAGAGCUUACGGUGGCCGAUAUCACGAAUCCGAAUGCGAUAUUGAUCAAACUAAAGUUCCUGGGAAAUGAAGUGGAGAUGGCUUAGAAAAUCUAGGUCAAUAAAGUGAUAACAAUAUAAUUGAUAAUAAAGAAACCAGUGGUAAAUAGAUCAGA